CUGCUGUCACUCAGCAUCUCCUCCCCCCUGCUAAUGCAUCAGGCUGCUGGUGGUGGAUGUGCAGCACACCGCCUUCUUCCAUCCAGCGACGAGCCAGCAGCAGCGCCUUGAACCAGAAAACGCUUGUGUUCGCUUCCAAAACCGUCAAAAUGACCCGCGGCGUGAUGGGGGUGCUGGCCCGCUGUCGCUAGCUAGCUCAAGGCGGACCCAUUCCGUCCAUUCCUUCCUCCACUCAAGCGGCUGCUCGCUGCAGGCUGCCCCGACAGAGGGAGGCGUCGCUGGGCUAGACUUGGCAAGGGCUAACCGUGGAGCUAACUUUAGCUAGCUGUUAGUGAUAACGGGGUUGUAGCAGCGAGACUUGAGCUAACAUUUCAUCUCCCCGGGCGUUAGUGUUCUGCUAGCCGGCGACACCGCAGUAAUAAGCGACGGUUGUCGGCAUUGGAUGUACGCCGUCUCCCGAAGAGGGAAAAAAAGCAGAAUUAAGUUUGUAUUUUAAACCCGACUGUGGUUAUUAUUAUUUUUUAUUUUUUAUGAAUAAGAAGAGAGAAGAAAGGUAGAGCAUCUCCCGGAGACCACCUUAUCCGAGAAGCAGGGCCACAAGUGGCGGCUUGGAGCUCGGCUAGCAGGGGGGGUACAACUUGACAGCGAGGCCCGGGUUGAAGCUACUCCUCCCCUCCCCCUUCCUCCUCCACCACCUCCUCCUCCUCCCCGGCCCGGUCCACUAGUCCCGUCCUGCACGACCUGCAAGACCACCCUGCACCCCUCCUCCGCCUUCUCCUCGCCCGCCCGCCCGAGAUCCACAGAAUCGGCCGGGGGAGAAAGCUAAAAAACCGCCCGGCGAGGCGAGUGUUUUUCUGGAUCCAAAGCGGGACUGCCCAAAAAAAGGCAAGACGGGAGGAUGACUCUGGAGUCCAUGAUGGCUUGCUGCCUGAGCGAGGAGGCGAAGGAGUCGAAGCGGAUCAAUGCCGAAAUUGACAAACAACUUCGCCGAGACAAGCGAGAUUCCAGGAGGGAGCUGAAAUUACUUCUCCUCGGUACGGGCGAAAGCGGCAAGAGUACCUUCAUCAAGCAGAUGAGGAUCAUCCACGGCGCCGGCUACUCCGACGAGGACAAGAGGGGCUUCAUCAGACUCGUUUACCAAAACAUCUUCACCUCCAUGCAGGCCAUGAUCCGGGCCACAGAGAACCUGAAGAUCCCCUACAAAUACGAACAGAAUCGGUCCAACGCCAUGCUGGUGAAAGAAGUGGACAUCGAGAAGAUCAACGGCUUUGACCAGCCUUACAUCACGGCUAUCAAAAGCCUGUGGGCCGACCCCGGGAUCCAAGAGGCCUACGACCGCCGCCGGGAGUACCAGCUCUCUGAUUCGACGAAAUAUUAUCUUAGCGAUUUAGACCGUGUGACUGCGGACGGAUACGUCCCCACCCAGCAGGAUGUGCUCAGGGUCCGUGUCCCCACCACGGGCAUUAUUGAGUACCCAUUUGAUCUGGAGAAUGUCAUCUUCAGGAUGGUGGAUGUUGGGGGUCAGAGGUCAGAGAGGAGGAAGUGGAUCCACUGCUUUGAGAAUGUCACUUCCAUCAUGUUCCUGGUGGCCUUGAGCGAGUACGACCAGGUCCUGGUAGAGUCUGACAACGAGAACCGCAUGGAGGAGAGUAAAGCUCUGUUCAGGACGAUCAUCACCUACCCGUGGUUUCAGAACUCCUCCGUCAUCCUCUUCCUGAACAAGAAGGACCUGCUAGAGGAGAAAAUCUCGUACUCGCACUUGGUGGACUAUUUCCCAGAGUUCGAUGGUCCCCAGAGGGAUCCGCAAGCGGCACGGGAGUUCAUCCUGAAGAUGUUUGUGGACUUAAACCCCGACAGUGACAAGAUCAUCUACUCUCACUUCACGUGUGCCACGGACACGGAGAACAUCCGCUUUGUGUUUGCGGCCGUCAAAGACACCAUCCUACAGCUCAACCUCAAAGAGUACAACCUGGUGUGAACGAGGAGGGGUCGCGGGGGGGCGGAUCGCAGCGCUCAUGUUGCACAAAAGGCACACUUUUAUUAUUUUUUUUAUUUUUAUUUUUUUUAGGAGUGCGCUCGACUUUCCAUCACCAUGCUCACGCAAGUACACCCCGCCCUCUUCCCACCACACACACACACACACACACACACACACACACACACACACUUUUUUGUUGUCUUGAUCCAAUUCUCUUGCGUCCUUCUUCCUUCCCGCCUCGAUGGGCCUGGCAACUCUCACACGGUGACUGAAAGGAACGUCGGUGCUUAUUUUUGUUUGUGUGUGUGUGUGUGUGUGUGUGUGUGUGUGUGUGUGUGUGUGUGUGUGUUUGUUUGUGAACCCCUUCCCGGAACCAUGCCGCCGUGGAACGCCACCACUGGGACGAGGAUUUGGGUCUCCUCCACCUCACGUCUCUGAAUGUACCCACCAGUGUGAUUGCAAAAAAAAAAACAAAAAGCCCCAAAAAAAGUAAAAAUAGAACUCUGCAAUGUAAAUGUAUACGUAAACACAUUUAAGACAAAAAAAAAAGCACGAGAGCGGGCGGGGGAAAGAAAAUCUGUUUUUAUCGCUGUUUUUAACGGUAGGCUACUAUUUAGCAAAUCAUGGCUAAAAGGAGGAAAAUAUUUUUAAAAAUCUACAUCGUGAUAAGUAUCCUUUUUGGAGUUUUUCUGUUGUUGUUGCUUUGUUUAAUCGCACUGCUUCCUUCCUCCAGAUAUUUUGUGUAUGCAUUUACAGCAGGGGUGUCCAAAGUGCAGCCCGGCUUGUUUUGUAUCGGCUAAAAAUACAACAAAUUCAUUUCUAACCAGCGAAGACAAAAAAAUACAAAAAUUUGGACACCCCUGACUAUUAACAGGGACAAUCAUGUGACCCGCCGCUUUUAUUUUUGAAAGUAAACAUUUUCUUUCUACAGUAUAACGCCGUCCAAUCAGACGCUUCCUGUCGCAUUAUAUCAGGAUAUGCUUCUGUUUUUAUGGUUAUUAUUUUGUUUGUUUUACUGUAUAGUCACUUUGUGUUUAAAAAGAAAAAAAAUGAAAAAAGAUUGCUUGCUAUUUGAGUGAUGAGAGGAAAAGGGGCGGGGCUACAAACCUUUCACUGACACACUCUCUGACGUCUGUGUAUAUUUGUUUGUAAAUACAUAUACACAACACUGAUGUACAAAGAAUAUGCUCUGUGGUACACCAUCUUUGGCAAAAAAUAAAAAUAAAAAAUAGAAAAAGUGUCUUGGGUGGGUUAGCGUACGGUUAUUUUUUUUCCCUAUGGUAGUAUUAAUACUGGCAUGGUAGCAUUAAUACUGUCAUGGUAGCAUUAAUACUGUCAUGUUAGUAUUAAUACUGUCAUCAUGGAUUUUAUUGACUUGAUUAAAGCGGACGUCACAGAGCUGAGUGGGGGGAAAAAAUAGCAUAAAACAAAUAAAGAAGCAGCAAUCUUUACGGUAUGGUGACAAUUUUAAGAUGAAUUCAAGUUUUUUUUUUUUAUUUAUCUAAUUUAUGGACCAGGUUUGAAGGUGUUGAUAAUUUCGACUGCUUUUGAUUCUGUCAUGUGUUAAUAAUAAUAAUAAUAAUAAUAAUAACGCGCUCCCUUUUUUUCUCACGACGGAGCCUACUUGAGUCUGAACUGCUGUUAAAAAAACAAAAAAAACAAAACAAGAAAAAAUAAUGAAUGUCUGGUAUUGUAAGGAUUUUAGUAUUUCUUGCUUUCUAUUUGGGACAAUUCCAUUUGUACUUGGCCAUCAUGGCGUCUCCAUCCACCGUCAUGCAUUUCCUUUAGGAGCCCUCACCUUUUAUUUACAAAAAGGGUGUGUUUCCUCUAGGUUUUUCUAUAUAUACAGUAUGUGUGUGUGUGUGUGUGUGUGUGUCUAUACACACACACACACACACACACAUAUAUGGAGAGAAGGAGAGAGAGAGCGACAGCGCUGUAAUGCUUACCUAGACAAUGUACAAACAUAAGUGGAUUUUUUUCUAAUCUCGAUUGAAUUUGGCAAUCCGUGCGUGCUAUUUAGUUUUGUUUUUCAUUUCCAGUGUAUUGAGGCUUGCUUUGGUAGUGCCAGUGAAGUGCAGAUAUACCUUUUUUUCAGUCUUCUUCAGGUGACUUUAAUCCCUCAUUCUCAUUAAGGGCUAUCACAGUGGGGAGCACAGGACUACACGCAUCGCUCGUCCUUUUGUGCAGAAAUGGAGAUGACUUUUCUCUCUCUGUGUGUGCGUGUGUGUGAUAUAUAAGAGGCAGAAUGUUAAUGCAAACCCAAAAUGGUGUAUGUUGUGACAGUUUACACACAACGCUGUUUUUUUUUUUUUUUUUUUUUACUAAGUUGGACUGAAGGGGGCCCUGGUUUUGUGCGGUGCUAUCCGUGAAAAUAGAAGAAAAAAAAAACACUACAGCAACAAUACUACAGUAUUGCAUGUUUUCCCAAUGUUGCCAAGAAGCUGACACUCAAAAAAUGUGAUGUUCCAUAUUUUUUUUUUUUUUUACUAUAUAUAUAUAUAUAUAUAUAUAUAUAUAUAUAUAUAUAUAUAUAUAUACAUACAUAUUAUUGUGUGUGUGCACUAAUUAACUGUUCUCAUGCAGUGUUUCCCGUACAGUGGCCCGCCACAGAUACAUUUGACGCUACCUGGUCACCCUCGCUCGUAAACACACUAGAACGCACCUAGACAGCCGGAGAAUAAGAAGACGUUGCAAAAGGGCUUUGGUUAGAGCAUGGGUGUCCAAUGUGCGGCCCAUGGCUGUUUUUUUUUUGUUUGUUUUGUUUUCAUACUGGCCCUCGGCACAUUCCGAAAAUACAAUUCAACAGGAAAACAACGGCAAAAAAAAAAAAAUUAAAAAGCAUUCAUUUGACUGUCAAAAUAUUAUGAGAAAAAAGACAUUAGGAGAAAAAAAGAGCGAGAAGGAAAUUGUAAUAUUUGAAAAAAAAAUAACAGCAAAAAUAGAAAAAAACAAACAAAAAAAAAAACAAGUUCACAAGAAAAAAAACAAAGAAUAAAGUUGCAUUUUUAGGAAAUUUUGGGUGGGUCAGACUUUUAAUGUUACGAUAAAGUCAAAAUAUUAUGAACAUAAAGACAUAAUGUUAAGAGGGAAAAAAAUUUACCGGAAGAAAUAUUUGUCAAAUGAAAUGAAUACAUCGAAAACGGCCAAAACAAGUAGUCGUUUAUGCUUGUUUAUGGCCUAUUGGUACUCCAAAAAAUGCAUAGUUAAGCAAAUUUUAUGUAUUUCUGGCCUAAAAUAAGCAUUAAAAAUAGCUAAAUGAACUGAAACACCAAAAUAUAAGGCGUUCAGAAGAUGCAUUCAAAUACAUGUUGCUAUGUCAUAUCCUACACUGGUCACUAGGUGUCAGUAAUGUUACACUGAUGACGCAAUAGCCACAGCAGGGAGUACUCUGCGAUAAUGUGGUUCCCAAUGCUAACUUAUGAGCCUGUAUUAUGUCUCAUUUAUAUCUUAAAUGGGUUAUUUUCUCUUAGUUUGUCUACUGUAUUGGUAAUAGGAGUGUAAAGGUGACUAUAGGGGUGUUAAUUCAUGUCUUGAGGGCUCUAAUAUUGUUAAAAAAACGUACUUAGAAAGUCGUAAACAGGUUUUCUGUGAAAAUAUUCUAUUUACAAAUUGGCGGUCCGAGGGAUGACUGUUUUUAUCUUUGUGGCCAUUUGUGCAAAUUUCCACCCACUCCCUCCCCACCCCCACUGCCACAAAUAGAUUGCAGUCCCAUGGGAAACACUGUCAUGACUAUUUUAUUUUGUGCCACUCACCCCCCCCAAUUUUCCAACAUUCUUGUCAUUCUUGUUGAUUCAAAGUGGAAAAACUGACAAUAUGAUGCUGACAUUUCCUUAAAGGCCUUGAACUUAACAUUGAACAAAGUUUCCCAAACUGCGUGUCGGGCCCCCAAAAUGGGUCGCUGAUUGUAAAAAAAAAAAAAAAAUUGUUUUUGCAUCAAGCAGGAAUUUUGCAGUGAAUUCACACCCUUUUAUGUUCCUUAGCAUUCAUUUAUCCACAGUAUAUGUCAAUCUGAUAAUAUAUCAUGUAUUUGCAUACGUUUGGGGACCCUAUGGGGUCUUGAGCUGCAAAAGUUUGUGAAACCUUGCUUCUUUCUGUCAAAUAGGGUGCAAUUUAUCGUGACAAACCUUUGGUAACGGGAAGUGUUUGCUGAUUAUGCUCAUCGCUAGCUGGGGUACGUCAAACCAAAGGCGGCUGCUGCUGCCCCUGCACAGGAUGAAAAUUUAAAAGUGUUAGAAACUGACGACAAAAUGAGGCUUGCCAAAUAAACCUGCCCAUUUUUUUACCCCUCCUUGUUUAAAAUGACCCUACAGUGCAGACUAGGCGUCCUGACGAGGGUCCGCUUGCGCCAGGGGUAUACAGUACAGUACUUCUUGUUUUGCUCGUGAGCAGUGUUGCACAGUGGUGUACUAUUUUUAUUUGAUUUUUUAUUUUCUGGCACAUUUCUUUAUAUGAUAUAUCGGAACAUGUAAUGAGCUGGAAAGAGGGAAGGUGUUUGCAUGACACUUCAAAUCUUUCCGCAGAAAGACUAUUGUGUGUUUAUUUUCCUAUAUUUGUUGCCUUUUAAUAAUAAGAAUAAUAAUAAUGCUGAUUUUUUUGGGGGGGAGGGGGGUGGAACUCACAAAAAACUUGCAGCAUGUUCCCUUUUUUAUUCCUGCUUUAUAUCCUUUAAAAACACACACACACACACGACCAGACUCAGUGUUUCCCAUAAACUCAUUUAUCUGUGGCGGCACACCUUGAAUACAUUUGUACCGCCACAGAUACAUUUUAAAAAAUGAUCAUUUUUUUUAAAGGUAUACUCAGAUUAACUGUGCAUUGUACAUUACAUAAACAUCAAGAAUGUUUUUUUUUUUUUUUUUUUAAAUCGCUCAUGUGCAUUAUAUGUCUACCGCCACACGAAAUCAAACCAACACCCGCAAGUCAUGAACUCCAUGUCCCGGUGUUACGACCCGACGCCACGGACAGAUCGCAGUCCUGUGGGAAACACUGAGACGAUGCCAUGCAGUAUACGCUUCUUACGGGCCACUUGCAUUUCUCCCACACGCUUAAGGAAUUGUGAAGCGGUGUAUGAAAUGUUUCCGUUUGCUACGUCAAACAAUGUAAAUGAUGUAUUAUACUGAGUGUGCCAACCCCCACUCUUUCUAGAGCCAGGCUCUCUCUCUUUAAGUGCCAACACCGGUCGUCAUCACACGGCCGCACACCCUUCCUCCUGCCCUUUUUAAAUAAUAAUAUGAAUAAUGAAACACCAGAGUCUAAAGAAAUAGAUUAAGUUCAUAAAGACUAUAUUCUAUAUUUAAGAUUUAAAAACGUAAAGAAUAAUCUGCUGUUUUGGGUUGGUGUUUUUUUUUAGUUUUCUUUUUUUUUUUUUUUUUAAGCUAAUUAUAAUUGCAUGUGCUCUUUCUUAUUUUGUGUCACAAAGUGAGGGCUUGGAUGUGUCCGCUGACGUCUAACAGGGGCUGCAGUCGGGCCAGGUUAUGGAUUUAUUGAUUUUACAUGACUCUUCUUGCCAUAUUUUCUUGUUGUUGUUGUUUUUUUAAUGUGUUUUCAUGUAUUUUGUUUUUUUCGACCACUGUUGCCUGAUCCUCAUUCAAAAACAUGACGUAUGAUCAUUGCCGCCUUCUAAGAGAGAAACAUAAUGACAAGGUUAUCUGUUUUAAAAUUGAAAUAAAUUUUGUUCCUAUACUUGCUGA